AAAAAACUACCGACUAAAAUUUCACACACGUCCAGUAUUUCGCGGGCCUGAUCGGUUAAACGGGUUUUUCUCUGUUCCUUCUACAUUGCCAUCUCACUGUCUUCUCUCUCAGUUCCCGGAGGAGUACGGCGGCGAUCAGUCAGGAAACGAAGAUGAAUUCUUCAAUCACUUAUCGUCGUCUCCGCCCUCAACGACGACGGUUUGAUCAUUGAUUCCUUAAGGAGAUUAAUCAUUCAUUGAUAGCUUGGUCGAUAUAUCUGAAUUGAUAAAAGGGGAAACGGGAGGAAAAUGUCUAGCUAUGAGGGUGUUCUAGUUUCUGAUCCAUGGCUUCAGGGUCAAUUUACUCAAGUUGAGCUGCGUGACCUCAAAUCCAAGUUUCUUGCAGCGAGAAACAAAUCACAGACAGUUACUCUGGGAGAUCUGCCUACAAUUAUGACCCAACUGAAGGCCUUUAGUAAUGUGUUCAGCGAGGGGGAAAUUAAAGCCAUAUUGUCUGAGACAUCUUCUGACUUGAAGGAAGAAAUUGAUUUCGAAUCCUUUCUUCGGGCAUUUCUGAAUCUUCAGGCAAGGGCUCCAACUACAUCAGGCAAUUCUAAACUUAAAACCACCACCUCUUUUCUCAAAGCUACCACAACAACACUUAGACAUAUCAUUAGUGAAUCAGAGAAGGCCUCUUAUGUGGCACACAUCAAUGGUUUUCUGGGAAAUGAUAAAUUCUUGAAAGAUUAUCUUCCGUUAGAUCCAUCAACCAAUGCGAUGUUUGAACUUGCUAAGGAUGGUGUUCUUCUGUGUAAGCUCAUUAAUGUUGCUGUUCCCGGAACAAUAGAUGAACGAGCCAUUAAUACGAAGAAGUUUCUUAAUCCGUGGGAAAGAAAUGAAAAUCAUACACUUUGCCUCAAUUCUGCAAAGGCCAUUGGUUGCACAGUGGUCAACAUUGGUACACAGGAUCUAGUUGAAGGAAGACCGCAUCUCAUCCUUGGAUUGAUUUCUCAAAUAAUCAAGAUACAACUCUUAGCUGAUCUCAAUCUGAGGAAAACUCCACAACUUCUGGAGUUGGCAGAGGAUAGUCAGGACGUGGAAGAGCUCCUCAGCUUAUCUCCUGAAAAAGUUUUGCUUAAAUGGAUGAAUUUUCAUCUGAAAAAAGUUGGCUACAAGAAGCAGGUCACAAACUUCUCCUCUGAUUUGAAGGAUGGAGAGGCCUAUGCUCACUUGCUUAAUGCUCUUGCACCAGAACAUGGAACAAGCAGCACACUUGAUGCAAAGGAUCCUACUCAAAGAGCAAAUUUAAUUCUUGAGCAAGCAGACAAAUUGGAUUGUAAAAGAUAUGUUACGGCAAAGGAUAUUGUCGAAGGAUCAACAAAUUUAAAUCUUGCAUUUGUUGCUCAGAUAUUCCAACGCAGAAAUGGAUUGUCCGUAGAAAACUCAAAGUUAUCUUUUGCCACAAUGAUGACCGACGAUGAUCAAACUUCAAGGGAUGAAAGAUGCUUCCGGUUGUGGAUCAACAGUCUUGGAGUUGACACAUAUGUGGACAACUUAUUCGAGGAUGUUCGGAAUGGGUGGGUUCUGUUGGAAGUGCUUGACAAAGUUUCGUAUGGAUCAGUUAACUGGAAGCAAGCCACUAAACCUCCAAUCAAGAUGCCAUUCCGAAAAGUUGAGAACUGCAACCAAGUUAUAAGGAUUGGAAAGGAAUUAAAUUUCUCUCUGGUGAGUGUACAAGGAAAUGAUAUUGUACAAGGAAACAAGAAGCUCAUAUUAGCUUUUCUGUGGCAGUUGAUGAGGUUUAGUAUGCUCCAACUUUUGAAGACCUUGAGAUCUUACUCUCAAGGAAAGGAGAUAACCGAUACUGACAUACUAAGUUGGGCAAACAGAAAAGUGAAGAGUGCAGGCAGGAAAAGGCAAAUGGAUAGUUUCAAAGACAAAAGUCUUUCAGAUGGACUGUUCUUUCUUGAACUUUUAAGCAUUGUGGAGCCAAGAGUUGUAAACUGGAGCCUCGUCACCAAGGGGAUAACAGAUGAGGAUAAGAAGCUAAACGCGACAUAUAUCAUCAGUGUUGCUCGGAAAAUCGGAUGCUCAAUUUUUUUGUUGCCAGAGGACAUAAUGGAGGUGAAUCAGAAAAUGAUUCUGACAU